AUGAUAACCCGGUCUUUUGUUCGUUGCGCGGUUGCCUCGUCAUUUGCCCUGCUCCUCCUGUUGCUGGCCUUUUCGCCGCAGCCUACGCAAGCGAAGAAAGAUGGGCCUGCCAUCACCUCCACGAAGUUCGAGAACGCCCUCGAGAACGUCUUCUACUUCGAUGACACAGAUAUUAUCAUCGGGCAAGAUAGAGAGCUGAACACGGUCUGGCGCAGCGCAGACGCCGGCGAGACGUGGCAAGAGGUCAAUGAUGAGGGACAGUCGGGAAACGCCUGGGAGCUCUACCCUCAUCCCUGGGACAAUCAGCGGGCUUACAUCUUGGGUCUUUCUUUCGAGCAUUGGAUGACAACAGACCAAGGGGAGACGUGGAGGAAAUUCAGUAGUGCUGGUUCCGGUCUGGCCUUGUUCCGCAGCAGUCCCUUGAGCUUCCACGGCCGUGAUCCCCAACGGGUCAUCUGGAAUGGUGAGCAAUGUGUCGGCUUGUCAUGCAGCGAGGUGGCCUUGUAUACGGACGAUGAUUUCAAGACUGUCACCAAGAUAGGCAGCCAAACUAGAGGAUGCCAAUGGGCUGUCGGCACUCCAGAGUUUGCCAAAGAAAUCGCCGCCGAAGUCGACAAUCGGGUAUUUUGCAUUGUGGAAGGUUUAUACUCUCCUUGGCCUAAGGACAACCGGCUGGUGGCCUCCGACGACUUCUUCGCGGAGGAUGAAAUCGAGCCUGCGUUGGACGAUGGCCGCGCGGUAACUGGUAUCAUCAGCAUGGCUGCCGUCAAGGGCUUCCUGGUUGCUGCGGCAAAGUCUGACGGCACGGAUGAGCUGGCUCUAUACGUGACCAAAGAUGCCUCACAAUGGCACCGGGCUGAGUUCGGACAGCAUCGAGUCAAUGAAGAUGCUUACACUAUCCUCGAAAGCACCAACUACAGCAUGCAGGUUGAUGUCCUUGGGUCAAGACCUUCCAAUCCCAUGGGAUACCUGUUCACAUCGAACUCGAAUGGCACCUACUUUACCCGCAAUAUCGAUCACACCAACCGAAACCUGUACGGCCGAGUCGACUUUGAAAAGGUGCAGAACAUCCAAGGGAUUGUUCUAGUGAAUACUGUGGACAAUUGGCAAGAGGUCGAGGCUUCAACGAUCGCCGACAAGAAAAUCAUGUCGCAGAUCAGCUUUGACGACGGUCGGACGUUCCAGGAUCUUAUGGCAGGCGACAAGAAGCUACAUCUUCACUCGGUGACCGAUGCAAAGCAGGCAGGCAGAAUCUUCUCGAGUCCGGCCCCGGGCAUUGUCAUGGGCGUGGGGAACACUGGGAAGUACUUGAGAGAUUACAGCGAUGGGGACCUGUUCGUCUCAGAUGAUGCUGGCGUCACAUGGUACAAGGGCCUCGAUGGAGCUCAUCUCUACGAGUUCGGGAAUCAAGGAGCUGUCAUCGUCGCCAUUGAAGACGGAGAUACUACCAGUCACAUUAGGUAUUCGGUGGACCAUGGCAAAACCUGGGCGAAGGCAGACCUGGGGGAGAAGAUCCGUGCCAGGUUCAUCACGACAGUCCCUGACUCCACGACACUCAAAUUUCUUCUAAUGGGCGCUCGCGGUUCGGGUGCCAAGCUUGAAUGGCUUCUGUUCAAGAUCGACUUUGACGGACUCCAUGAACGGGCGUGCAAGAAGAGCGACUUCGAACGCUGGCCCGCCCGAGUUGACGCUGAUGGAAAGCCUAGCUGUCUCAUGGGACACAAGCAGUUCUUCCGCCGGCGCAAGGCUGACGCUGAAUGCUUCAUUGACGACGAAUUCAAGGAUCCGGUCCCGGAGUUCGAGCCUUGCGUUUGCACUAUUGCAGACUUUGAAUGUGACUACAACUUUGUUCGGGAUGCGCACGAUCGAACGAAGUGUAUUCCUGCCACGCCACUCCCUGUUCCACCAGGAGAGUGCAAGGACGUCAAGGACACAUUCAGAGGUCCCUCUGGAUGGCGCUUGAUUCCUGGGGAUGAGUGCAUCCGCAAAGGCGGCGAAGAACUCGACAAGGAAAUCGAGUGGCCUUGCUCAGACUCGGCCAAGAAGCCUGCGUCGGGUAAGAUCGUUGCUGACAAGACCAAUUUCGAUGCCGACCGCUUUUCCGAGUGGUAUUAUUUGGAAAGAGGUGACACUUCGCUGGGAAGCGACGAAACAAUCAUCAUGCGGACGAGCGAGCAGGAUAUCUUCCUCAGCCGGGACCAUGGCAAGGUCUGGGAGCCAAUUCUCGAGGGAGAACCUAUUACUGCCAUUGCUCCCAAUCCUCAUCACCAUGAUGUGGUUUUCUUCCUGACUAACUCCAAGACCGUACAUUACACCAUCGAUCGAGGUGAUCGAUUUGAGCAGUUCGUCGCACCAGAACGGCCUAGCAACUUGAGAUUGCCGACCUUGAGAUUCCAUCCAGACUACAAGGACUGGUUGCUGUGGUCUGGCUCGGUUGGCAACGAUGACCACACCAAUAUCUUCUAUUCGAGAGAUCGUGGCGACAAUUGGCAGACUUUGGUCCGGUAUGCGAGGAAGUGCGAGUUUAUCACCAGAGAAGGCCGAGCCAACUCGGUCCAACUCAUCUACUGCGAACAAUAUGAAGACGAGAAUCCGGACAAGAACCUCAUGCUCUUGUCCAGUGACAGCUUCUUUAGCGACUCCACCGUCCAUUUCCCGGACAUCCUGGACUUUGCGACCAUGUCUGAGUUCAUCAUUGUUGCAGCAAAGACCGAGGAUCGGCAGGGAUUGAAAGUUGAUGCAAGUGUGGAUGGCCGGACCUUUGCUCCUGCAGAGUUCCCCAAGAACUUCCAGGUCGCACAUCAACAAGCAUACACUGUUUUGGACAGUUCCACGCACGCAGUCUUUCUCCACGUCACCGUCAAUGCUGCUCCAGAUCGUGAGUACGGAGCCAUCAUCAAGUCCAACAGCAAUGGCACUUCAUAUGUAUUUACGCUCGAUGCUGUCAACCGGGAUCAGGAAGGGUACGUGGAUUUCGAGAAAAUGCAAGGCCUUGAAGGAGUUGCCACGGUCAAUGUCGUUGCCAACGUCGACGAGCUCAGCGACGGCGCAAUGAAGAAACUCAAGUCGAUGAUUACACACAAUGAUGGCGCAGAGUGGGCUUUGCUGCCACCGCCCAAGAAAGACGCCCUGGGAAAUGACUACAAAUGUGUUUCGGAAGCCAACAAGGCGACGAAGAAAUGUUCUCUACACAUUCACAGCUACACUGAGCGGGCCGAUAAGUCAGCCACAUUCUCCAGCCCCAGUGCAGUUGGUCUUAUGAUGGCCGUCGGUAAUGUUGGGGAGUAUCUAGUUCCGAAGAGUGACGAAAGCACUGACACAUUCAUCACGCGGGAUGCUGGUAUUACCUGGUCAUCCGUCCAGAAGGGAAGCUAUAUGUGGGAGUACGGCGACCAGGGCAGCAUCAUUGUCAUUGUCAAGGAAUCCAAGCCCACAAAAAGCCUGUUCUACACGCUCGACGAGGGUCAGACGUGGAAAGAGUUUGAAUUCUCCCCGGAUGUGGACAUGCAAAUCGAUGCAAUCACUACAGUUCCUUCGGACAACUCGCGCCAGUUCCUUCUCUGGGGUCGUGAAGUUGGCACGGGUGCCAAACCUGGCAUCUUUACAGUCCAUCUUGAUUUCAGUGGUCUCGAGGAACGACAGCGCAAAUGUGCACUGGACGAGGAGCACCCGAUCAACGACGAUUACACUUUGUGGGAACCGAAGCAUCCCAUGCAAGAUUCGAACUGCUUGUUUGGGCACGUGGCGCAAUACCACCGUAAGCGGGUCGAUGCCGAAUGCUACAAUGGAAAGAAGAUCGAUCAUCUCCACAACAUCGCCCUCAACUGCACCUGCACUCGACAGGACUUUGAGUGCGAUUACAACUACCAGAUGCAACCUGACGGCACGUGUCAGCUCGUGCCCGGUAUGAAACCCCAGGAUCACGAACAGAAUUGUCGCGACAAUCCAGAUCAGGUCGAAUUCUGGUAUCCUACAGGCUACCGACGUAUUCCGCUCACUACGUGUCAAGGAGGUGUGGAGCUUGACAAGCUGGAGAGCCGACCUUGUCCUGGCCACGAGAAAGAAUACCACAAGAAGCACGGCAUCAGUGGAGUGGCUCUGUUCUUUGCCAUUUUCAUCCCCAUUGCCGUUGCAGUGGGCAUUGGCUAUUGGGUCUACACGCACUGGCGCUCAGGAUUUGGUGGGUUCGGCCAGAUCAGACUCGGGGAGAGUAUGGGAGGUGGCUCCGCCUCGGGAGAAUCGCCUUGGAUCACCGUACCUGUUGCGAUCGUUAGUGCUGUCGUCGCUGUUGCCAAGGCCACGCCCUUGCUUUUCAUGAGCCUGUGGAGGAGCCUCAGGGGAUACAUGCCGGUACGAUCUGGCAACAGUGGAGGCGGAGGUAGAUUCGGCCUCGGCAGAGGGCCCUCUGCCGAUGGAUACGGAGCGCCGUACCGGUCGAGAGAUGCCUUUGCUAGACGUGGUCAGGAUUAUUCCCAGGUCGUCGAGGACGAUGAGUUGCUUGGAGAUGGACUGGACGAUGAAGAAGAGGUCUGA